AUGGCGAAACCCUCCCAAUCCCGCCCCCUCUUCGUCUUCCCCGUCGCCGCCGUCCUCGCCGCGGCCUUCCUCCUCCCGCUCGCCCGCUCCGACGCCUCCGGGCCCACCCCCACCGCCACCGCCUACGACGAGCUCCGCCUCCGUGGCUUCCCGCGCGGCCUACUCCCGGCCAACGUUCGCGGGUACACGCUCGACGCCGGCUCGGGGGACUUCGCCGUCGACCUGGACUCCAGCUGCCGCAUCGUGCUGCCGGCGGGGAGCUACCUCGCCAACUUCAACGACCACCUCACCGGCCACCUCGACGACCGUCGCAUCUCCGGCCUCAGCGGCAUCCGCGUCAGGGCUUUCUUCCGCUGGUGGUCCAUCACCGGGAUCCGCGCCGAUGGAGACGAGCUUGUCUUCGAGGUGGGCUCCGUCUCCGCCAAGUUCCCCGCCCGCCACUUCAACGCCAGCCUCGAAUGCCCCGCCAAGGCCGACUCGUAG